GGCGCGGGGCUGGGGAGGAGGCGGCACGAACCGGGCGGGGAGCGGGGCCGGGCCGGGCCUGCGGGCUGCCGUGCUUGGAGCCGCCCCUCGGGCUCCUGGCGACACCGGGCUGCGUUUUGUUGUGUUGCUGCGUGAAAAUGGAGGACUACGAAACAUUCUGCAAGCAGCAUCUGUCCAGAAUCCAAGAGGCAACAAAAGGAGAGAACUCACCCGCUCUGCUGGACAGAAACGUCUCCCUCAUUCAGUUCCAUGGAGUUCCAGUGCUCUCCCCUCUGCUGAACUUUGAAAAGAGAAAGGAAAUACAGCAGUAUCGACAGAAAGCGCUGGAUCUAGAGACAUGGAGACAGAGCUCCCACAAAAGAGCCUUAAUGAAUCGUGUUCAGGAGAUUCUAGAAAACAUUCAGAACAGGAAAGUAUCUGGUACAAGUGACGUGAACGUUCAGGAUGCUGGGAAUACCUGCCCUGAUGCAGACUCAAAAGCUUUGACUGAUCUCACAGCUCUGUCAGAUGCCAGCUUGCCACGUUCUGAAAGGCAUUGUCCUGUGCAGACUGAAAAAAGCCAAGAGCUUUUGCCAUCGGACUCUGUGCAGCGAGUGACAUCAAAUGCAACAGAAGUAGGUAAACCAGCGGAAGAAAAUGUUCCUUCAAAGGAAAGUGAGAGUCACUUCUCAAGAGAUGUUCCUUGUCCAAGGGCUGCGUCUCCUGACGUUGUGCAGAGUAAACUUGUGUCCCCUGCUUUGCAGAAGCAAGAGGGACAAGGAGUGCCGUCAUCUGAGAAGGAAGCCCAAGAUCCAUAUGCAGUGAGCCUUCAGAACCUGAUUAAAAAGUCUAGGGAGUAUGUAGAGAAAGAGCAAAGCAGGCGUAGCUCUAAAAGCAGUUCAAGGAAGAGUAUGAAUGAAAGCCAUUCAGAUAAAGAAAAUGAUGCAGUUAAAACAUCGGACUCUGUGAAAGAGAGAGCAAAGGUUACAGGCAGAAGUUCCACUGCUCUGCCACUUGAUAAACCGUAUCUUAAAUCAAAUACUCAUAUUCAAGGUGCCUCUACUCAUACAAGUAACACAAGUAUGUCAACUUUAUCCAGUUUUUCCAAAGUGGAUAUACCUAUGAGAGUUGGGACACCCCCGUUGGUGGAUUCGGAUUCAGAUGAAGAAUUGAAAAAUCCUUCCGCCUUUGAUCGCGACAGCAGCAUUGUCAGGAGCCUCACGGGGUCGUACAGCAAACUGCCGAGCCCGGAGCUAAGCAUGAGUCCAAAAAUGCACCGGAGGCGCCCAAGGCCUUUAUCGAUGGGACACAUAGUUAUAAACAACCCUGUGAAUGCUUAUGAAUUAAGUCCCAAAGGCAAGGGUAGAGCAAUGGAUUUAAUUAUGCAAGAUAUUGCUGAUAAGAAUAACAUAUCUGAGUCAGUGCCGAAGUUCAUGAUGGACUUUAGUAUGCUUUGCCCCAGCAGAGUUCCUGGUGUCAUCAGGAGUUCUUCAGGUCCUUCUGAUGGGCUGCUGGCUGGCAAACCAAACAGACAUUCCUUUGGGCACUCAGAAUGCAAAGGGGCAUUGUCUGCUGCAGUGGAAGGGCAGGUAGUGAUGGACAACAGAGGACCGUAUAAAGUAGAGACUGGUACCGUGGGUCCAAAACCGAUUGAGCCAUUCUCCACCCAUCAGUCUACAGUAACACAGAAGCUCCUAACUGUGAAUGAGACCAAAGCAUCCAGUUUGCAAGAAAAUACUAAAUCUCCAGUAGAACUCAAUAAAUCUUAUGAUGUAGAAAGCCCGUCCCCACUACUGAUGCAGAGCAAGAGUAUGCGCCAGCAGAUGGAUCCAAGUGUUCCCCCAGCAAACGAACAGAUUCUAGAGAACAGCUUUGAAAAGGUAAAACGUAGACUUGAUUUGGACACUGACAACUGCCAGAAAGACAGCAACCCCUGCGCUGUAACUGUUGGAAUGGAGGAACAGGAGAAGCAAUGGCUGCAAGAGCAGAAAUGUCCCAUGGCAUCAGUUUACAUUACCAAGAAUGCAGCCCCUGAUUCAAAUAUGGCAAAAGAAGAGAUUUUAAAGACUAAAAUGUUGGCCUUUGAGGAAAUGAGGAAGAGACUCGAAGAACAGCAUGCACAACAGCUGUCAAUUCUGAUAGCAGAACAAGAGCGGGAGCAGGAGAAACUGCAGAAGGAACUGGAGGAACAGGAGAGGAAGGGAAAGAAGAUCGCUACAACAGAAAUAGAAAUAUCCAAAGUGAAUAUUAACAGUAGGAUGGAGUUGGAGUGGAGAAAAAGUGAAAGCGGCUUAGUAGAAAGUGUGCAAUCUCAGCUGGAGACAAUCCAUAAUGCAAACUCUACAAGCAUUGGUUUUGCUCAUUCUACGUCACCCAACACCUUUACUUCAACAAGUGAAACUUCAUUCUUCCUCUGGGGACCAUCAGGCAGUGGAGUUAUUAAAACCUCAGUGUCUAGGCCAAGUAACAGGAUCAAAACCAGGUGGACCCAGAUUUUCACUCCAGAGAUACAAAUGAAGUUUGAUAAGGUAACUGCUGUGGCAAAGGGGUUUCUUACGCGUCGGCUUCUACAGACAGAGAAGCUGAAACAUCUCAAGCAGACUGUGAGAGAUACCAUGGAAUUCAUAAGGAAUUUUCAGUCUGAAGCUCCAUUAAGAAGAGGAACUGUUUCAGCACAAGAUGCGUCCCUUCAUGAAAGAGUAAUGGCUCAGCUUCGAGCUGCUCUGUAUGAUAUCCAUGACAUAUUUUUCGCAAUGGAGGCAUCAGAGAGAAUGAACAUCCUGCGUCACGAUCGUGAAGUUCGUAAAGAGAAAAUGCUGAGGCAAAUGGAUAAAGUCAAGAGUCCAAGAGAGAGAGCAACACUUUCAACAGCUACACAGAAAUCUCUGGAUAGGAAGAAGUACAUGAAGGCUUCAGAAAUGGGAAUGCCUAGUAAAAAAAUAGUCCCAAAACAAAGAAGUCCUGAGAGCCGAGUACUCCAACCAAAUCAAGGACAGAAUGCCCCACUUCAUAGAUUGCUUUGCAGACAAGGAACCCCUAAGGCCUCAAUGAAGGGGGUUGAGCAAAAUAGAAAGAAGGCCUCAGAGAGCAGAGUGUCUAACAAGGCGGUUUCAGGAGCAUAUGCAGGAAGAACCCAAAGAAAGAAGCCAAAUGUUGUGACAAUUUAAGACGACAGCACUCUCUAGGAUGAGCAGGCUAUUCUUUAAUGAGCAGCACUCAUUCUAUUUUGUUUCUUAAAUGCAGUUAUUUUGAAAUGAUAAACCUGCUUUUUCUUUUCCAGAUGAUGACGUAUUAAUACAAUCAUAUUGAAGUAAUAAAGAGCUGUAAAGCUCUAACCCUAUGUAAAAAUUGCAUGUUAAUACUUGUGUAUGCAAUAGUGUGGAUAUAUAAGAUUCAUAAUAUUCAAAGUAAGACCACAGAGCAUUGUUAGGUUAAUUUGGGACAUCAUAUGCUCUAACUUUGCAUCUUCAACAUGGUUUUUGUAUUAUUUAAAUUGGCCAUUUCUCUGUAUGGUUUGCCACCAUAGUAAUUCACACACAUGUAAUUUUUAGUUUCUCACCAUACACUUAAAGCAGUUACAUAAGAGAAAAAAAUCCCUUAAACAAAACUGAACUCUUCAGUCUGAAUUUGUCAGCAGCUGUCCUGAAUGUAUUUGUGUGAAUGCAGUUACAUCGCUUCACAUAUUAAUGGCCUAAAUUUGUGGACAGACACAGUUCCAUACAGGUGUACUGUCCUUCUCUACAGAAGCUGCACAUUUAUACACAAUAGAUUAAACCACUGUGCUGGAUGCUCUAGGAAUAUCUUUUCCUUGCUCUCUGUGGCACUUCCUUAUGGAAACAGCUUCUGGUCUGGAUGAAGAGCAGCAGAUGUUCAGCAAAAAUUUGGGAAGGCAAGGUUUUAAUUGUUUUACCAUUUUAGUCUUGCACACGAUAGCCCAUACUAAUUAACAUGCCUUAUGUUUUGUUUAUGAUAAGUGCCAUUUUUCUAAGCAGUUUCUCUUGCACCAUCAUCUAACAGCUCUUGUACUGAAAUGAAAUCACAUCUUCCAAUUUCAAGGGGAAGAAAUUCCGUACCAAAACCCUGCGAAAACACCCAUAUUUAAGAAAAUGGGACACUGAAAGAUCAUGCUCGUGUUUUGCCUUGAUCAUCGCACUGAUGGGUGUUAAGCUUCAGCCUGAGGGGAGCAUGAGCCUGGAAGUUCUGUCUCUAAGGACGCAGCUUUCAGACAGGAUCCUGGUGACAGGUUGUUAACAUUGAAAGUAAAGAGAAGCUGUUUGUGCUGUACUGAUUUAUUUGGGUUUUUUUGUGUGUGUGUAUAAGAGUAGUACUAGAAACUGAAGUGAUUUUUUUUGUUUUCUUCCCAGUGUCAAUACAGUGCAACCCCCUGGGGCCUGUGAGGCAUUUUCUCACUGAUAUGAGAGGAAAAAGAGUGAUCAAUAAUUUAAUUUCCAACCAUUAUAAAAAGAACAUUAACAAUAGGAUGAAGAGACUAUAUUUUAGGGCCAGUGACUCUGCUGUGGCUCCAGUGUGACGUCUCCACUGGUGUAAAUGCAAAAGCUUACACCAGUGAAGUACCUGCUGCCCUCAUAUCAGUUUUUUUUUUUCCUUGCAUUUUUUGGAUUGCAACAUUUUUCUGAUGUGUUUCCUGCUUUUUCAGCAGUCAUCAAAUGUCUGCUUUGGUUCCCACCUUUCCUUUGUGUAAUCACAGGAUGGAGUGGAGAACAUCUAAGGGAAAAGAAUGGACUGUGACCCGUGUUGUGGCUGACGCUGAAGUGCUGUGGGUGAAUCAGUGCUAAGGGUUGGUGUAUUUAAAGGGUGUUUUAUAUACCGUGUGUAUUGUUAGAAUAGGCAAUGUGUUGGUAUAGAAGUAGCAUUAGUCAAUGUGAGUGCUUACCUGCAGGUUUCACAUCUGAACCUCCUUUACUUCCAGCAUGUUUCUGGUCUGUGUAACGAGGUGUUGUACUGCAAGUUGUUUGUUUGAUCUUUCAUGAGGCCUUUCUCUUGACAAGUGCCAGAAUUUGGUUCUGUGCUUUGUAUGUUUAUUUAUGCAUAUUUAAUUUUAUCUGCCUUUAUUUUGUGUGUGGUUGUAAUGUCAUCAUAAAAGCGUUAUUUAUUUUUGUACUUUCCAUUUUCACUGGCUUGUUUUUUACUUGAGCAUACUACACAAUAAACUUGUAAAUCCACA